CUCAGCGAAGCUCGUCACUUCUUGCGCAUUAACCAUGGAGUCUGACAACAUAUCACAAAUUUUGACAGCUAUCCUCACCACACUGUUCAACAUAGAUCACCGGCGAUGUCAGGUCUAGAAGUUGCAGGUCUCGUUCUGGGAGUACUUCCCAUUGCGGUUCAAACCUUGCAAACCUACAAAAAGGCCCUAUCCUCCUAUAAGAACGCCGUGCGAUUCAUCCAUGCCCUCGAGUCGGAUUUGACGAACGAGCAUUGCAUCUUGACAUGCACUUGCGAAUUGCUACUUCAGGGCAUCGCGCCCACCUGCAAGGUUGACAUAAUGUUGAAGGAUCCUUUUGGCCACGAAUGGAAGGGAGAGCAGUUCAAUCGAGCACUUCGUCUUCGGCUCGGACAGUCGUAUUCAUCCAUCGAAAGUGGAAUACAGAAUCUGAAGAAACUGGCAGACGAGCUGGCGAUAAAGCUAGGACUUGGCCCAGACCUCAAGACUGCUUUUACUCUAAAGAAGGAAGAUUAUGACACGGUUCUUGCCAGAAUUCAAUCGACAAACUCAAGCCUCUACAGGCUUGUCGAUCUCAACAAAGGGUUAGAGCCUCACCGACGGUAUCGCUCUCAGUGACGCUUCACCCAGCUAUUGCGAGGUAUUUCACAAAGUCUCUCCAAUGCUCUCGAUGGAGCUACAGCAGCCUGCUGUACAAGACCACACGAUGCAUGCUUCAAGCUCAACCCAAGACCUUUGGAGAUGGAUCCCGGCAGUACUGAGGAUGAAAUGGUCAAGGAUUUGGAUUUUUUAGUGUCGUUGGAGCUGUAUACAAAUGGCUCAAUAUCAGUUGGGUCUACGGCAGAACUAUCGCGCUGGCAUAAUCUCUCGAUUAGUAUCGUCAGUCUCGGUAGUCGUAAAGCCGACGGCCACGUACCAAGGACACUCAACAUCCGUUCAUCAUCAACUAACACUUCGAGACAAUCACCACAACAAAAGGGGCAAUCAGAAAACACCCAACGGUUCCCUGAAGGUUCGAAAAAGCGAGGAUAUCAAACACUAGUAGCGCAUGCUGCGAAGAGGAUAGCGAGUAAGGAGAAGGCAGUCAACGCAUUGAUCAAAGGUUCUUUGGAUACAAUCAUCGAACCUAAACACAUGACCGCGGGCUGCUUCAAGACAUCGGCGCCGAGUUCUGUUGAUGGGAUAUGUCAGCUCAUUCGAAGGCAUGAGAAAUAUCCUGCUACGGAGCAUGGGCGGGUAUUUUAUGGAAAUAUUAUGGAUCGUGAAGAUCCUGAGCGCCGGUUUGGACUGUACGCGCCAACGCCGCUGAUGUCGAAAGGCCAACACAUACCCGAGGCUCCCCCUAUUCUUCGCUGGCAACCGAGCGAUUUGCCAUCUAGUUUGACCUUGCGGCAACUACUCAACCGAAUACAUGAUGCUCGUCUUCAGCAGAGCAGUAGCGAACCUCUGCUUUGGCUAGAAUUCCAGGACCAGCUUCAACUAGCCGUCAGCAUUGCCGUCAACAUCCUUCACCUCUACAGUACCCCAUGGCUGCCGAGGAUCAUCACACUCGACGAUAUCUGGUUCCGCCUUGAAGAUGAGCCCUUAGACUCCAAUUUCUCAUCUGGGUUUCCUUACCGCCCUUUUAUCAAGAAGUCAAUGCCGUUGUCCGCCGCUUCCUCUGCAAUGCCCCGGACAACUGGUUUCAUACCAAGAUCCCGAAAAAGAGAAACAACCGUCUUCUCCUUUGGCCUGAUCUUGAUACAGAUUAUUCUUGGGCGGGUAAUCAACGAGUUGGACAUGAAGUCACCAUCAGACGAGCAGGGUGCUGCUACACCUGAAGCAGGGCAAUCUACUAGCGACACCGUAAACAACAACAUUGCAGCGAUGAGUUUGAAUGACUACAUGGAGAAACACAAACUUGGUAAGGAAUUCGAGGGCGCGGUUCUCGCAGAAGCGGGACCAGAAUACACCUCGGCGGUAACGCGGUGUCUGGAGAGUUUCAUCAACAUCGAAGGGUUGCAGAGCGAGAAGUUCUGUCAGGAGUUCUAUGUCGAAGUGAUCUCCAUGCUGCAGGAAGCGCUCGACAAGUCCAUGGAAUUAUGAACAAGUACCUAGAGGUACCUUGGUUAGCACAUAUCAAUAUCAUGGGUUUCAGUCACAUCGUCAGUGCAAUAUAC